UGUGGCCAAGCCUCUGUCUGAGGGACAGCCAGCCAAGUGCUCCCUUCAAAGGAGUCCCCCGGAAACGCCUCCUCUUUUGUGUCCGAGGAAGAGGCCUGUGAGGAAGUGCAGGUUUGCAGCAGAGCCUGAUGCAAGAGCUUUGGCCCUGAGAGAGAAGCGACGAAGUUCAGCACCAUUGGCAGCUUCCUUGGACACUGUUUGAAAAAUGGACAGACCAGACUCUGCAGGUUCUGAAACAGGAAGGGACCUCAAUGCUCCAAGUGCUGGGAGCAAUGGGGAACUCGGGGAAGGAGUGAAGCAGACUUUCCUGGGUGAUGAUAUUGCCAGCUCAGGCACACAGUGCCAACGCUUCAGGCAGUUCUCUUACAAGGAGGUUGAGGACCCCCGAGAGGUUUGCAGCCGACUCCAUGAUCUGUGCCAUCAGUGGCUGAAGCCAGAAAAACAAACCAAAAAUCAGAUGCUGGACCUGGUGGUGCUGGAGCAGUUCCUGAGCAUCCUUCCUCCAGAUAUGUCAAGUUGGGUGAGAGAAUGCAGAGCGGAGACCUGUUCCCAGGCAGUGGCCCUGGCAGAAGGUUUCCUCCUGAGUAAGAAAGAGGAAAAGCAGCAAGAAGAGCAGCAGGUGAAAAAACGCGCUGUGGGACUUCAGCCUUAUUUCCGUGCCGCAGGGGAAGCUCCAUCGAAUGCCAGACAGCGUUCCCAACAAAGGAGCAACAGAUUGCAAAGAGCUGGAGGAAGACUGGCAACAAGGGCUCAGUUGCCUCUUCUACCUUGUGAUGGAGGAGAGCCAUUUCAGGCUCUAGUGGGUUUUGAGGAUGUGGCCGUGUCUUUCUCUCAAGAGGAGUGGGCUCUGCUGGAUCCAGAUCAGAGGGCUCUGCACCAGGACGUUAUGAAAGAGAUGUGUGGGAUCGUGUCCACUCUUGGUAACUGUAGAGGGAACAAUAUAUGUGGCCAGAAUAAGAAUUCUCUUAGGCCAAACCUGGAGUUUAAAAGAGACGAGCAAAUGCACAGAGAAGAAAAAAGUGAUGCUGGAGAGAUAGCCUGGAAAUGCACCAACUGUGGGAGGUGGUUUGCCCCAAAUACGGCACUUCUGUGUCACGAAGGGCUAGAGCCGGGAAGCAAACUAUUUGGAUGUGAACUCUACACAAGGGAUUUAGAUAGCCAGUUGUACCAUCAGACUCACCAGGGAGGCCAUAUAGGAAAGAAACAACGCCAGUGCCAGGAUUGUGAGAAAUAUUUGGCCUGUGGUCCAUCACUUGCGAAGUUUCAAAGGGCCCAUGCAAGUAAGAAGUCAUACCAAUGCCAAGAGUGCGGGAAAAAAUGUGUCUCCAAGUCAGAACUUGUCAGGCACCUGAGAGUCCACACAGGAGAGAAACCCUUUAAGUGUCAGCACUGUGAUAAAUGUUUUGCCUGCAAAUCCGAUCUUGUGCGACACCAAAGUGUCCACACCGGAGAGAGGCCUUACAAAUGCCAAGAGUGUGGGAAGUACUUUGCUUCCAGCUCCGUGUUGAAACAUCUGAGGAUCCACAGGGGAGAGAAACCCUACAUGUGCCAGGAGUGUGGAAAGGGCUUUGCCUGCAAGUCGGACCUCGUGCGGCACCAGAGGGUCCACACAGGAGAGCGACCAUUCAAAUGUGAGGAGUGCGGGAAAUGCUUCAUUUCCAAGUCAGGCCUGGUGUACCACGAGAAGGUUCACAGAGCAGAGACAUGCUACAGUUGCCAGGAGUGCGGCAAAAGCUUUUCACGGCAUUCCCACUUUCUAACCCACCAGAAACUCCACACAGGGGACAGACCAUUCAAAUGCCAGGAGUGUGGCAAAUGCUACACAGAAAAUUCACAUCUGAUCUUCCACCAAAGAAUCCACACAGGAGAGAGACCAUACAAGUGCGAGGACUGCGGCAAAGGGUUCACUCGCAGGUCUGAACUCGAAAUCCACCAGAGAGUCCACACAGGAGAGAGGCCGUACAAGUGCCAGGAAUGUGGGAAAGGGUGCAGCCGCCGGUCAGAGCUGGUGAUCCACCAGAGAAGCCACACCGGGGAGAAACCCUACAAAUGCCGGGAGUGUGCCAAAUCGUUCGCUUGCAAGUCAGAGCUGGUGAAACAUGAGCGCAUCCACACCGGAGAGAAGCCGUACCAGUGCCAUGUGUGUGGGAAGUGCUACACCCAGAAUUCACACCUCCUCUUCCACUGGAGAGUCCAUACUGGGGAAAAGCCAUUCGAGUGCCAGAAGUGCGGCAAAUGCUUUGCUCAUAGUUCCUACCUUGUGAGUCACCAGAGAAUCCACACGGGAGAGAAACCAUACCAGUGCCUUGACUGUGGAAAAUGCUUUCGUCAGAAUUCGCACCUCCGGUCCCACCAGAGAGUCCACGUAGGAGUGAAACCAUUCAAAUGCCAGGUUUCCCAGUGCGGGAAACGUUUUUCUGACCACGCACACUUCAUGAUGCACCAAAGAGCUCACACUGAACAGAAGCCGUACAAAUGUCAGGAGUGCGGCAAAUGUUUCAGGCAGAAUUCCAACCUGGCGAUGCAUCAGAAAGUCCACUUGAGGAAACCGCACACGUGCCAGGAGUGCGGGAAGUUUUUUGAUCACAAGUCCGACCUUGUGAAACAUGAGAGAGUCCACACAGGAGAGAAACCGUACAAAUGCCAGGAGUGCGCCAAAUGUUUUGCUUGCAGUUCGCAGGUGGUCCGCCACCAGAGGGUCCACAUAGGCGGGAAGCCCUACAAAUGCCAGGAGUGCGAAAAGUGUUUUGGUCACAACUCAGACCUUGUGAAGCAUCAGAGAGUCCACUCGGGAGAGAAGCCGUACAAAUGCAGGGAGUGCGGGAAGUGUUUCAGUCAUACUUCAAGCCUUGUGAAGCACCUGAGAGUUCACACAGGAGAGAAACCAUUCAAAUGCCAGGCGUGUGGGAAGUUUUUCUCUCAGAACUCACACCUCGUGAUCCACCAAAGAGUCCACACGGGAGAGAAGCCCUACAAAUGCCAGGAUUGCGGAGCGUGCUUUGCCCACAAGACGCACUUUGUGACUCACCAAAGACUCCACACAGGAGAGAAGCCGUACGAAUGCCAGGAGUGUGGGAAAUGUUUCACGCAGAACUCAAACUUUGUGAGGCACCAGAGGAUCCACACGGGGGAGAAACCUUAUGUAUGCCCACAUUGCGCCAAAGGGUUCGCCCACAUGGCUGAUCUGGUGAAGCAUCUGCGAGUCCACACAGGAGAGAAGCCGUACCGGUGCCAAGAGUGUGGCAAAUGUUUCUCCCAGAAUUCCCACCUCGUGACCCAUCAAAGAGUCCACACGGGAGAGAAACCCUUCCGAUGCCAGGAAUGUGGGAAGUAUUUUGCUUACAAGUCCCAAUUUGUGAGUCACCAGAAAGUCCACAUGGAAGAGGAACCAUACACAUGCCCAGAUUAUGCCGAAUCUUUUGCUCCCGUGUCAGACCUUGAGAGCCACCAGACAAGCCACACUGGAGAAAUUGUGCAAGUGCCAAGAAUGUGGGGAAUAAUUUGGACUAAAGUUAGGCUUUGAGAGGCACCAGAGACCUCAUACAUUGGGACAACCCUCAUCUUGGCCUCCUGUGGAUGCAUUUUGUCAACACUCAGGUUUGAUAAUCCACCAGCAUAUCCACUCAGGAAAUCAACUCUCUGAGCUUGAGAAGGCGCACUUAGCAGACCACUUCGAACUCUGUGCUGGAAAUAAAGGCCGGUUAGUUACGAUGUUGAAAGUUAGACUUAAGGCAUUGUUUGGGUUGAGUAUCCCUUUCCCGAAAUGCUUGGGACUGAAAUGUAAUGGGAUAUUGUUUUUUUCCAGAUUUUGUAAUAUUUGCAUAAAUUGGAUAUUAUGGAGAUAAGACCCAAGCCUAAACAUGAACAUUAAGUUACAUUUUAUAUAUAUGUUACAUUGCCUGAAGGUAAUUUUAUACAUAAUAUUUGUAGCAAUUUUGAGCAUAUAACGCA